AUGAGAGUAGAAGAGGACACAGGCAGCCCCCCCACAAAAGGCAUAGGAUUCCGCACACCCAAAUCCCAUCACUGCAUACUUUAUCACACUGGUACCACUGGCGGCAUGGAGUCAGGAGGGUUACCAAGCUUACCCUACUUUUCCCAUACUUCCUUCAAUAUUUCUGCUUUGGCAAACUAUGGGAGUCACAGCACAGCUGGGAGUUCUGUGGGACACAAGUCUAGAAAACGAAGAAAGCGCUCUUCAAGCACUGAAGAAGAUUCAUCUGACUCAGAGUCUUCGCCCUCAAGUGAAAUAGAUGAAAAGGUGAAUGAUUUGGUAUACUUCUUGCUCCUCAAGUAUCAAACGAAGGAGCUUGUUACUAGGGCAGAAAUUGUGGAAAGAGUCAUGAAAAAUUUCCAGGGAAGCUUCACUUUGGUCUUGAAUGAAGCCAUUGAGUGCUUGCAGCUGGUCUUUGGUCUUGAUUUGAAUGAAGUGGACCCCAUUAACCACACCUAUGAUCUAGUUACUGCCCUGGGUAUCACAUAUGAUGGGAUGGAAGCUGAAGUCCACGGUGUGCCCAAAACAGGUCUCUUGAUAUUUAUUUUGAGCCUAAUUUUCAUAGAUGACAAGUGUGUUCCAGAAGAGGAGAUUUGGAAAGUGCUGGGUAUGAUAGGGGUACGUCCUGAUAGCUACCACCACAUCUAUGGAAAUCCUGGGAAGCUUAUCCUGGAAGAAUUUGUGCAGGAGCAGUAUAUAGAGUACAGGCAAGUGCCCAACAGUUUUCCUCCUUGUUAUGAGUUCCUUUGGGGACCAAGGGUCCUGGCAGAAAGCACCCUAAUGAAAUUUCUGCAGUUUUUGUCCAGUCUGAUUGGGAGUGAACCCAGCUCUUUCCCCAUAUGGUAUGAGGAGGCAUUGAGAGAUGAGAUCGAGCGAGCCCAGGCUAGACCUCCUGAAACAGAUGCUAGUGCAAUAGGUAUUGCUGUUGCCCCAGACAUUUACAACCUGGAGAGCAUUAGUGGCUACUACCCUACAGAAGGGCAGGCUGGGGCUAGAAAUACAGUGUAA